AUGAUAUACACUGUGUUCGCAAUCAUCAUAUGUGUGGCCAUCAUUGGCACAGUGGGUGCGGACUCGACAACCGGUGCCACAAUUCGUAAACGGCUACAUAUCGAGCCGUACAGUGUUCACAAACACUGUCGUAAAGAUGAGAGCAAACCAGACACCAGUGAUAGGGUCCUGAAAUCCAUGUGCGUCAACAAAAAUAGACAUCAAUUGAGUGAUAGCUUUUGCAACCGUCUGUCCGGUCGGUUACCGAUGGGCGCCGACUGCGACCAUAUCGUUGACAGUUUGGCCAAAGUUAUCGAUCCCUACCCGACGCCCAGUGUUACUGCUCGUCCGCCACAACAUUCCGGUCCCAACCAGUCAUCCACUGCCAGAAAUAACUCGCAGUCGACCGGAGUUCAUAAAUACUGUCGUAAAGAUGAGGGCAAACCAGACAGUGAUAGGGCUCUGGAAUCCAUUUGCGUCAACAAAAGAGACAUCCAUUGA